UUGGAAUUGGUUUUAGACAAAGCUGAAGGAAGGGAAUGGAUACUUAAGGCUACUAAGGAAUAUCUUCUAGACAUCUAGGGUUGGUUUGUCCUGAGCAGUUUUCCCACAUCCUUUUCCUUCUUUAUAUAUAAAUAGCAACUAACCCCAAUUGUCAUGGCAACCUCACUAAAGAGAACAUUUGGCUCAAUCCUGUCUUCCAUUGCAUUCUUGUGUUACGCGAACGAUCAGCACCACGAUCAACGCUACCAUCAACACCACCAUCAACACCACCAUCACAAAAGCAGAAGCAACAUCCACAAACUCAAGUACAACAUGCCUAGGGGUCGACCCCUUUCGUUGCAGACUGUGGAGCUUAAGGUCAGGAUGUGCUGCACUGGUUGUGAGAGAGUUGUCAAACAUGCAAUAUUCAAGCUCAGAGGGAUUGAUUCGGUGGAUGUGAAUCUACCAAUGGAAAAGGUGACAGUAGUUGGGUAUGUUGAACGGAACAAGGUACUAAAGGCGGUGAGGAGGGCUGGAAAGAGGGCCGAAUUCUGGCCUUACCCCAACCCUCCCUUGUACUUCACAUCCACCACUGACUAUUUCAAGGACACAACCAAUGAGUUCAAAGAGAGCUACAAUUACUACAGGCAUGGUUACAACAUUGGGGACAAGCAUGGUACCAUUCCGAUGACUCAACGGGGAGACGAUAAAGUCAGCAACAUGUUCAACGAUGAUAAUGUCAAUGCUUGCUCUGUCAUGUAACUAAAUGAUCUUCUGUGUACCAUGUACUAUAUAUGGUGAUCCUAUAUUAACUAGUAGUGUGGUUUCAGGGCUUUCAA